AUGGACUCUGACUCAUCCGUGGAUUCAUGCAACUUGGAGGUUUUCCCUGUUGACUGCACUCAAAGACCUUCAACGCCGGAUUCGGAGGUGGUCGGCUGUGUUAAGUUGAUGGAGGUUCCGGUCGACCCUUUGAGAACCAUCAACGAGCUAAGGAUUCCAGGAUCAUUACGUGGUGGACAAAGAGAGGGCGUCGUGCGAUCUGAAGCUUUUGUGGAUGUCAAGGUGGAUUCAAUAGAAAAACGUCAUACCGAGCUUGGAGCUGGACUGAGUGGAGGCAAAGAGUCAGAGGAAUCUGUCAUGGGGGAACUAUUGGAAGACUAUGUUCACCUGUUGCCAGGGGACUGUUUUCCUGAGGAGGUGGUUGCAUUUUAUAUUCCCCCAUCUCCGGACACCUCCAAAUAUUUCCAUUACCGGAGAGGUUAUACUUUUUUUAUGGAGUACUGGGAAGCAGAAUUGGAGGUGCAGGACCUCUUUAGCAGUGACUUUAGUGGAGAAAAUGAGACAUGUGAAGAGAAAGAAGUGGAAGAUGUACGCCAGGGGGGGCCUAUUGAUGGUGACAAAGUAAAUGAGGCACUUAAAACACAAGAGAACAUAACUAAUGAAGGGGCCAUGCAGAUAUCAAAUGAUGAAGGAUUCUCCAACCAGGGGAUAUUUCUAAAGUACGGUAUACAUGCAGCGGCCACCAAUUUGACAAUGGAUAACAUGGUCGGUCAUGCUUUUGCUACACUUCUUAUGGCAGAAGAAUUCAUAUAUGAGUACGCAAAGGUAGUGGGGUUUAGUAUUCGUAAGGGCCACAUGCGUACAAAUAUUCGAGGUAACAUUCGUUUGAGAGAAUGGGUCUGCUCAAGGCAGGGAAGUAGGUCUGAACAGCAUACAUCAAGACUUGAUAGAGUGAGGGAGCCAAAGGCCAUCACCCGAUGUGGGUGCAAUGUGGCUUUUCGAGUUAUCCUUAACAGAAAGAGGGGUAACUGGAUAUGCAAAUAUUUUUUCCCAUUUCAUUCACACUCGUUAGCAACUGAUCGUCACAAGCAGUAUCUAUGGUCAAAUAGAGUGGUAUCAUCUGGCUGUCUUCAGAAGGAAAAUUGUAUGAAGAAAUCUGGCAUUAGAACAUGCCACAUUAUGUCAUACAUGGCAGAGCUAGUCGGCGGAUAUGAUAAGACCCCAUUUACAAUCAAAGACCUAUACAAUCGAAUGUCAUCAGCCUCAACUGUUUGCUUUAAGGGGUCGGAUGCUGGCAGAGCCUUAGGGUAUCUGGAGCACAAAGCAGAUCACGAUCCAGGUUUCUAUGGUUUAUUUGCUUAUGAUAAAGGCAAGAGAUUACUUCACCUGUUCUGGGCAGAUGCAAAAUCAAGGUCGGAUUACGAAAGAUAUGGACACGCAAUCGCCUUUGAUUCUACAUAUAAGACAAAUAGCUUUGGUAAGCCUUUGUUGAUUUGGGUUGGUAUUAAUAACCACUUUCGAACUUGUAUACUUGGUUUCGCAAUCCUUGACAAUGAAUCCAUUGCUAGCUACAUGUGGGCAACGAGGGCCUUCUUGGCUUGUAUGAAAGGUGUGCUACCGAUAACAGUUGUCACCGAUGGAGAUCCUGCCAUUGAAAAAACACUAAAAGAGUUGAUGCCUAAUGUCACACAUCGGCUAUGUUAUUGGCAUAUACACAACAAUGCCAUUUCUCACACAAAAGACCCAUCAUUCGGGAAGGAACUAACUAAUUUAGUGUUUAGAUAUUACACUGAGGAGGAAUUUGAAAGAAGGUGGGCAGCAUUGCUCACUCACUUUGAUGUGGAAGAUAACUCAUAUGUCGCAAGUCUUUAUAAAUCAAGAAAGAGUUGGGCAGAAACCUUCUUGAGGGGAAAUUUUUUUUGCGGAAUGACAACAACCCAAAGGAGCGAGGGUAUUAAUGCUGUCUUGAAGAAGAAGGUCAAUCAACAUAUGAAGAUGUAUGAGUUUGUUAGAGCUCUUGACAUGGCACUUUCAUGGGUACGACAACGAGAGGCUAAAGACGAGUAUGAGUCAUUGCACACAAUCCCACAAUUAGGCAAGACAAAUUUGCACAACAUAGAGGAGGAGUUGUCGAUAAUUUACACGAGGAACAUGUUCUUCAGAGUAAGGAAGCAGAUGUCCAAAGAAGGAAACUACAUCGUUGCAACUACUGACGUAGAGGAUGAUGCAAUGAUAUUGAAGCUGGAGAAGUAUCCUCACCCAGGAAUACGGAGGUCAGUCUAUGUCACAGACGAUCGUCAAUUAUUUGCUUGUGAGUGCCAGUAUUUUCUUUCCUUUGGCAUACCUUGUCAGCAUAUUUUUGCAGCAAUUAAGCACCUGCGUAUCACACAAAUGCCUAAAUCACUAAUCUUAACACAGUGGACGAUUGACGCUACACAACUUCCUAAUGUGGAAAACGAUUCCUAUGCAAGAUAUCCAGACACAGAUGCAGAAGAGAGAGCAAGAAACAACCUCCAAAUUGGGGAAGAAGGUUCCAAUGACAAGCUUCCUUUACAUCGUCAAUCAGACUUCAACAUAUUGGAUCCUUAUUUGAGUAAGAAUAAAGGCACAGCUAAGAUGAGAGGGUCAAACGGUGGAGUUGCCCGAAAGUGUAGUAUUUGCAAAAAAAAAGGACACAACAAGUCUACAUGUCUACAAAGUAAGAAAAAUGGUCACAAGAACGGGGGCUCUGAUAACUCUGAACCACACGAACAAGACGAAUAUCAAUAUGGAAUAGAGGAUAUGGAUGACAGGGAAAGACAUACUAUCUACCAUAAUUCGGAAAGUGAAGACUUAAACGCACCUACUCACCGACAACCUUUCACACCAGAUUGUACGAACCAAGUGCAUAACUAUACAGAAGAAAAUUUGAGUUACUCUGCAACAGAUGAUAUGAGUUCUGCCUUUAAGUGGUGGAAACCUCCAUAUGGUUAUUGA